AUGGUAGCACGACUCCACUUUCUCUCUCGCCAUACCCAUUAUCUCCCGAUCCAGAGGAAUCUGCUCGAACCCAGCCCGCACCAUCCGUGCCUGCCACUUCCUGUACGUCUCGGGCCUCUCCACCCUCUCGCACCCCUCGCACGCUAUCACGUUCAUCGCCUGCCUCCCAAACACGCCCCUCUCCAGGAGCACCCUCUCGUGUACCACGUCCGGGCCCACGUUCACGUCCAGCAUGUCGAACAGCGCCGAGUAAUGGAACAUCGCCUCCCGAAACCUCGGCCUGAAGAACGGUCCCCCGUGGGCCCCGUUCAUGAUCCCCAGCACGAAAAGCGCGGGAUUCAUCCGCCGGACGAGGUUCAGUACACCAUCCCUCGGGCUCGGGCUCUCUUCUUCCACCACGGUCUCGUCCGCCAGGCUCCUCAUCCUGAAGAGAGAGUUCACCACCAGCACCUCGUCCGCAUCAAUCUUGAGAUCCUCGAGCGUGAUCGUCUCCCACUUGCGAGCGAUGGCAUUGAACUCGAACGGGACCCGGAAGACCUCGGCGUACCCGACCAGCCGCCUUCCGGUCUCCUCGACCCUCUCGGACGGCCGGAAACCCCGGCAAGGGAGGUCGAUGCCGGUUAUGCGGAGGCUGGGGGGCCCUCCGGGCCGGGCCGAGAGCCUCUCGAGGAAGCAGGGCCACUGGAAUCCGUACGUGAUACCGAAAUCGAUGACGUGGAGCCUAGUGGCUUUUCCCGACGCGUUUGCGAUGGCCCGGUUGGCAAAGAAGUUGGAGACCUUCCGGAAGGGGCAGGUGGAGAGGUAGAGGUGGUACGCGCGCAGGGCGGCGGCGGCCGUGGCGGGCAGGUUGUCGAAUGA